AUGAAAAUGAUUUCAAAAGGCUUGAUUAAUGACUAAAAUAACUCAAAUUUCAUGUUUGAAUAUCUAUCUUCAGUCCCAACUAUGCAACAAUGGUUUUGGUCUUUAAAAUUCAACUAUAACACAUCUAUGAUAUUUGGAGGCUGUAUAUAGAAGAUUCAGUUAUUCUAAUUCAAAAACGGAUAUCUAAAGGAAAUAGCACAAAAUUUUGAGAAAAAUGCAAAUGUUUGCUGUUUAUCAUCUAUGAAUAACUCCAAUUUUUUUAUUUCUGGUAAUGAAGAAGGAAUUAUAAGGAUAAGGAAAUGUGUAGGAGUAAAUUCACCAAAAGGUUUAAUAAAACUAGAAGUUCACAUAAGUUGUAUUACGAGUUUAUUAAUUAAUCAGCAAGACAACAUUAUUUUUUCCAGUAGUAUGGAUCAUUAAAUUAUUAUUUGGAGAAAGAAGAACGAGUGGAUUCACUCUUAAAUUAUAUUUGGAAAAAUUGGUAAAAUUUAUUGUUUAAGUUUGAAUCAAUCUGAAACAUAAUUAAUAGCUUGUGGAUCCUGUAAAUAUAUUAUUAUAAUAUAAAAAUCUAAAGAUUGUAAUUAUUGGUAUAUUAUCAAUAAAAUCUCUUUGUUUUAAUAUGGAUAUCGAAUCAACUUUGUGGAUGAUUCAAUGUUUGUAUUUUAGCCUUAUUGUUAAUCUAAAUUAGAAGUGUUUGUACUAAAUUUAGAUACAAAAAAGUUUACAAAAACUAAAGAUAUUGAUGUUUUUUGUGAUAGUUAAACUGAUAAUUGUUUCUUUCCGAUAUAAUUUGUAAAUAGAAAAUAAUCUAUUCUUAUUAAUAAAAAUGGGAAUUACAUAAAUAUUUUAUAGUUGAAUAACUUUCAUAAUUUCACAUUGAUUCAAUCUAUUAAUUUUAAUACUUAGUGUUUAUAUGGAACAAUAAGUAAUGAUGGAGAGUAUCUCGUCACUUGGAAUUCAUUGUAAGAAUGUAUAUAAAUCAGAAAGUUUUAAGAAUAAAAAUGA